GUUUCAGGUCGCUUGCAUCUUGAAAUCUUUGCUUAGAGCAUUAUCCAAAUUAAUAAUGAAGCUGUUCAUCGCACUUGCUUUGCUAGCCGUAGCUGCUGCUCAGGAAGCUACUUACAACAACCGAUACGAUAACAUCGAUGUCGAGGAAAUCUUAAAAUCGGAUCGCCUCUUCAAGAACUAUUUCAACUGCCUGAUGGACGCCGGUCCAUGCACACCGGAAGGAACUGAUCUGAAGAAGUAUCUGCCCGAUGCGUUGGAAACCGGAUGCACCAAGUGUACGGAGAAGCAGCGUGACACCGGAAACAAGGUCAUCGCUUGGUUGAUCGAGAACCGUCCAAUGGAGUGGGUGAUGCUGAAGAGCAAGUACGACCCGGAGAACAAGCUGACCGAGCGAUACCGUGAGCUGGCUGCUAAGGCCGGAAUUGCUCUGUAAGAAGUGCCAUUAACAUUAAAUCUCCGACUCAUGCCGUCUUCAAACCUAAUGCAAUAAAAUGAAUCUAUCAUGAUCAAUCAUUCUGGAUAACUUCAGCAUAUAGCCCUAUUAUUAGAUUUAACAUUGCUUUACUCAGUCGGCUCAAAAGAAGAUUAUUGAUAUUAGGUGCUUUUCCUACAUCCACUAUCAGCCUACAGUAAGGUUUCUCGGCAGACUCGAGUAAUCGAACUUAGUCUUAAGCUAAAGCUGAACCAAUUGCGGAUGACGUCAACAUAUUUCUGCAAUUAUAAUUAUCCUCUUGUGCGUUUGCUUCUUCUUGAUUCGUACGAGC